AUCUAUUCCUGUAUUCUGUGCAGCUGUGGGUCAAAGGUGGGACUUGACUGACAAUUUGAUUGACAAGAAAUGGUAGGAAUGUAACAGACUAUAUUCAACUAUACGGUACACUGCAUGACGAAUCUACUGGUUUGUCGUGGGCUUGCACACGUUAAACACAAAAAUGCUGAUCCAUGGCCUUAUUAUACCAUGGCUGGUGCUCAUUCAAUGCUUUUUAUACUUUGAUCCUGUUUGCUCAGCUCCACUGGAUGAUAUGUCAAACAAAAAUAUUUCGUCUAUCAGUAAUGAUACUGCACUUGGUAUAUGUAGCAAGAAUGUAUGUCCAGAGGGAAAAUAUUGUGUUGAAGAUAUCACUGGAGGAUACAAAUGUUGCAAGAAUAAAAAAUGCACAACUAAAAUAAGGUGUAGAGAUCCAGGUGAUAUUGAUAACGCAACCAGAAUUCCUGAAGCUAGAAGGUUCACACCUAAGGAAACUGUCAUCUACACUUGCAAUACUGGAUUUUACUUAUCUAUGUCUGGAGAUAUUUCUUGUCUCAGUAAUGGAACAUGGUCUCAACCAAUGCCAACAUGUAUACCUAUUGGAAUUUUAAAUACCCCGACGACGGCAAGCAAAAGCACAACAAUGAAACCAGAAUCUACGAACAUGAACAUGGUCAUUAUUAUCAUCAUUUUUCUACUUUUCGCCGUUGCAGUGGCAGUUGUUGGAUUUUUGGUUUUGAGGAACAAAAACUGGAAUUCACGAUUGAGAAUGCUUUGUCGUAGCCGAUCUUAUCCUGUUGUGCUUGAAAAUGCAGCUUUUCCAUCGAUGCCAGAAAAUUUGGACGAUCAUGCUGUUCCUGUCAAUGAAUUAGCCCAAUAUGUUGCGCUGGGCCAUAGGAAUGGAGAUCAGAAGUUUCGAGACGAGUUUGAGGAAAUUCAAAACCUAUCCAAUGAUGCACUUACUUGGGAGAUCUCACAAUUGCCAGACAACAAAGAAAAAAAUCGUUACAUUAAUAUUGUAGCAUAUGAUCAUAGCCGUGUUCAUCUUAAUUAUUCAAGUGGUCGCAGGCGGUCGACUUCGAAUCCUUUUUCUGAUUAUAUCAACGCUAAUUAUGUUUCUAGUUAUGAAAAGCCUAAAGCCUAUAUUGCUUGCCAGGGUCCCUUGCCAGAAACUUUCAAUGAUUUUUGGAAGAUGAUAUGGGAGAAUAAUGUUACAAUCAUUGUGAUGAUUACAAAUCUCGUAGAAAAUGGAAGGAGAAAAUGUGACCAGUAUUGGCCACAGGAUGGUAGAGAGCAAUAUAAACACAUCAGCGUCACAUUACGUGAUGUUGAUGUAUAUGCAAACUAUGUUGUUCGGUCUUUUCAAUUACGUAAUACGAAACUGAGCAAGAGACGGUCUCGCAACAAUGAGAGAAGAAUAUUACAAUAUCAUUAUACGCAAUGGCCAGAUCAUGGAACGCCGGAAUACAUUUUACCUCUUCUCAAGUUCAUACGAAUCUCUUCGGUCGCUAAUUCAUCCGAUUCUGGUCCGAUUAUCGUUCAUUGCAGUGCUGGAGUAGGCCGUACUGGUACAUACAUUAUGUUGCACAGCAUGAUACAAAUGGCUAGAAUUACUGGAAAAGUUAAUAUCAACAAAUUUUUAAAAUUUAUCAGAACGCAAAGAAAUCAUCUAGUGCAGACAGAGGACCAAUAUGUUUUUGUUCAUGACGCUUUACUUUGCCAAUUUACUUGUCGAAACACUGAAAUUCCGGCACAACAGUUGAAUACAUAUGUUCAAAAUCUAUUAUCUUCAUCAUCUACCGUAGAGAUUGCAGGAGACAACCUAAAAAAUAUGGCUAAGGAUAUUGAAUCUGGAGGAUUGAAAGAAAGCAGUAAAAUUACCGGAAUGGAAAAGCAGUUUAUGAUUGUUGCGCAACAUGUGAGCCGUGAAAUUGACUAUGAUUUCGCAACACGAUCAAUAAAUCAGAACAAAAAUCGGCCUAACGGAGUAUUACCUAUCUUUCGAUCUCGCGUACCUCUCCAUUAUCGCGUUGGAAAUGAGGGUUCUGAUUAUAUAAAUGCAUCUUUCUUACAGGGUUAUCGUAAUGGUAGAAUGUUCAUCAUAACUCAACUACCGCUUCCUAACACAAGGAAAGAUUUCUGGCAACUAGUCUGGGAUCAUAACUGUUCUGUUGUUGUUACGAUUCGCGAUGUAGAAUGGGAUGAAGCUGAUAUUUAUUGGCCUGUUCAAGAUCAUCAUAUUUCAUGUCCUUCCUUCAAUAUAUCUUUCGAAUCUGAAAAAAAGUUGUCAACGAAAGAAGGAAAUGUCACAGAAAUUGUGAUAAGAGAUUUUGUUUUGGAAGCAACUAAGGAUGACUAUGUUCUCGCAGUGAAGCAGUUGGAUUUAAGCCAUUGGCCUAAUAUUGAUGAAAUAGGCCCGGAGUUUACACAACUAAUAAAUACAAUCGUUAAAUAUACAGCUAAGAAAGAUGGAAGCGUUAUUAUACAAGAUAGAUAUGGUGGGAUUUCUGCCGGUCAACUUGCCUGUGUACAUUCGUUGCAUCAAGAACUCGCAAAUGAAAAUGUUGUCGAUGUUUUCCAAACAGCCAGAGUAGCUUAUCAAAUGAGGCCGCAUAUAUUUUCAUCAUAUGUUGAUUUGCACUUCUUAUACAAAGCAAUGUUAGUUCAGGUGAAUCCGUCACAAUUUCAAAAACCUGUUGCUGAUUUUGACAAAGGAAAUAAUACUAUUGCUACUAUAAUAUGUGAAGAGGAUGAUGACCCGUGUACUGAGAAAAAGGCUCUCCUAAGUAACGAUAAUGGUAUAUGUAUAACACAAAACGAUUCUGAAUCUGAAAAAUGUUUACAAGAUGUGAGUGCGAGUGAUACAAACACUGGUAGUGCUACCACAGAAAGAAGCAAUCUUUCUACUUCGGAUGAAAGAGCUAAUUUAAUUGAAGAUCAAGCAAACUCUUCAACAAUUCAAUGUCAGAUUGAUUUGGACGAUUCUGUCAUGUCAGAAGGUGCAAAACUUUUGUAGAAAUAUAUUUUUUUGUUCGUCUUUUUUUGAGCGGUAAUUUUGAUUUUUUUAGCGGUAUUUUAAGUCACAGCACAAGUUUUUCAUAUAUCUUUGCCACAUGCUGAUUUAGACAUGUAAUACCUACGGUACUUUUUAUGCUGGUGCUGAGUGUGGAUUUAUAUUGAGACUGUAUGAUUUGGUGCCUAAAUACCAUUUUAAGGAAGAAUGUCUUCAUACCGUAAUGUGGGUUUAUAAUAACAUGCAGAGUUAGGAUCUGAUUAUAUUGAGUUUGAACUAAGAAGAUAUUGGCAAAAUUUCUUGAAGUAUAAUGGUAUUGGAAUUGUAAAUACUUGUUCUAAUAUUGUCAUAAUUUUGAGUUUGAUUUCUGUUAUCAUCAUCAAGUAGGGUUGCUUGGAAAAUUUGAAAAAAUUCAAGGACUGCUGGGCAACAGGCAUUUCAGCUUAUUUUUCAGCAAAGUGAAUCUUCAGCUUUCUGUCUAUUUGCUACGAUUAUUGGUUUGUUUGCAUUUAGUAUGUAACUGAACUCGCUGAGAUAUCCCAAGGUCCUAGCGCCUAGUGUAAAGAAAAACCACUUAUUUUUGUGAAGAUACACUGCCCAGUAUGUGAAGCUUAUCACUUUGUUACAGAUAUGGAAAAAAUAUUCUUCAAUCAAUAGACUUUUUUGACAUUUAAAUUUUAGUCCUGACAAAAUCAGCCUCGCACUAUUCACAUAACAGGUUCAUAUUUUAGAAGGACACGAUUGCCAUGACCCGCACUUAGAUAUUAAUAAAAGAACAAGCUGUACAUUUAAAAUGAAACAUGAUUGAUGGUACAUUUUUCAAAUAAAAAUCAAACUUUUUUAUAUGAUACCCUAAUCGCCUUUUACAAAAGAGCCUGCUAAUGGCAACUUCAUGACUGGUCUCUGGCAUUGUGUUUUAAACAUCUUAUAGCUUGUGAAAUCUCCUGCUUAUACAUUUUACGUGUUGGUAUUAUGAUGGUUUCAUUUUAAAUAUUGAUUUACGAGUAAAGCAAUUGUUUAACUUUUUGUAACAAGAGUGUUUUGUUCCAUACUCUAACUUUCGUCUUGUUUCCGGUGCUCUUGCGAUAACUAUCUUUUAAGCUAUUUACUAUAAUAUAAAGUUUUACCUACUGUA